UUGACAUUUCGGUAUGUUAUGAAACCGAAGUCUAACCUGUAAAUAUAACUUGAAAUGAUAAAUAAUUUGUAAAUAGAAUAGAAAGAUGAAUGGCCGAUAUUUAAUUCGUUCCUUAUUAUGUACUUUUCCUGGUAGAUUAUGUGUGAAACACUCUAAUAUACACAGUAAUCGGGUUAUAGUAAACUUUAUAAAUGUUGAUAUUCGAACGUAUUCUAGCAAUAAAUCCGAUGUAGCCGAGAAGAAGCAUUGUAAUGUAGGUACCAUAGGCCAUGUGGAUCAUGGUAAGACUACACUCACUGCGGCCAUUACGAAAGUUUUAUCAAAAGAAGGCGGUGCUAAGUUUGUCUCAUAUGAUGAAAUAGAUAAGGCUCCAGAGGAGAGGGCCAGAGGAAUAACAAUAAAUGCUGCACAUGUGGGUUAUAGUACAAAGUUCCGUCACUAUGCUCAUACUGAUUGCCCUGGGCAUGCUGACUAUAUCCGUAACAUGAUUUCUGGUACAUCCCAAAUGGAUGCUGCAAUUUUAGUAGUAGCUGCAAACGAUGGGCCCAUGCCACAAACACGAGAACAUUUAUUGUUAGCGAAGCAAGUUGGAGUACAAUAUAUACUAGUUUAUAUUAAUAAAGUUGACUUGGUCGAUGAUGAGGUCUUAGAAUUAGUUGAAUUAGAAAUGAGAGAUAUGAUAUCCGACUUUGGUUAUGACGGAAGUCAUGUGCCGAUGGUGAAGGGUUCUGCACUAAAAGCACUAAAUGAUGAUCCAUCAGAUAUUGGAGUACCCUCAAUAAAGAAACUAUUAGACACCAUAGACAACUAUGUGCCGACCAUAGUGCGAGAUCUAGAGUCGCCAUUUUUAAUGCCCAUAGACAAUGCGUUCACAGUGCCAGGUAGAGGCACGGUUGUCGUUGGUACGAUUAAAAGAGGUGUGAUGAAGAAAAAUGAUAACGCAGAAUUAAUGGGAUUCGGAUUGAAUGUUAAAACAUCAUUAUCGGAUAUACAAAUUUUUAGACAAUCUGUGCAAGAGGCAUUAGCCGGCGACAACGUUGGUGCAUUGCUACGUGGUUUAAAACUAAAAGCGGUAGAAACCGGUAUGCUGCUGUGCGCGGCCGGCAGUGUCGCUAUGAGCAACCACUUCAAGGCGAAAGUUUACUUCCUCUCGAGGAGUGAGGGGGGGCGCAAGAAGCCGGUCUUCUCGAAAUAUUCCCAGCAAAUGUACAGUGGCACGUGGAAUAUCGCUUGCAGGAUCGAUUUAGAGCCCACAAUGGACAUGCUAAUGCCCGGUGACCACGCGGAGGUGUACCUUACUCUGCUAGAAGGUAUGGUCAUGACCACAGGCCAACCGUUCACGAUACGGGAGAAUAACGUGACCGUAGCUACGGGCAUCGUGACCGAAACCUUGCAGAAUGUGGAUGUGCCUAAUGGAAAAUUGGGGAGGGUACAGUUGAAAUUGACUGCAUGAUUGUUUGUGGUUUAAAGUUGAAAAGAGCAGAAGAGAAAAUAUUGGUUCCACAAAAUCUUGAAGUUUCAAUUUUAAAAAUAUUGGACUAUAGUUACUAGUGUUGUGACCGAGUCUUGGUUAAUGUGGACAUGCUUAUAUUUUGCAGAACAUUUUUUAUUUUUAUCAUGAUCGGUUUAACAGAAAGUUAAGAAAUGUGUGUAAGCAAUAUGGACCAGUGUUAAAAAUGUAUUAAGAAUCGUAUUAAUUAUUGGCUAUUUCAUAAAAUUUUACUGUUGCGAAAUUCUCUUUCCUGUAUUUACAAAUCACAGUAUGUAAAUGCUGUUCGUUAUUAUUUGUCAACUAACAAAUGUAUUUUCAUUCAAGAUAUGUUAAAAAUGUAUAACAUUGUAAAUAUAGUAUA